AUGUCUAUUCGACCGCUGCCGGGGGACACGUCUUAUGUAGAAACUGGGAUACGUGAUGAAUUGAUCUUUCGUUACUUUUCAGUUGCCGCUCUGGCUCUUGCAGGUGAAACUCUGCAACAGGUUUACGAGUACCUUAUAACUAUUGGAGAAGAGGUGGGUCUCAGAACGCUGAAGACACUCCCCCACCCAUUCAAAGCUCCGAUUACAGGUGGAAUUUAUAUGGCCAUCCCGGUUUUCAAUACCGAAAGCACUCUUUUUUGUAAAUCGUUACCUGCCGAUCGUCGCAGCAGUAUUGACGACGUACAACCAAUUAUGGUCAUUUCUAGUGUCUUACUUCUCUCGUGUUGUUACUGUGCAGAGAUAACACUGUCAUUGCGAGUAUACGCAGUUUGGGGACUAAACAGGAUUGUCCUAAUCAUCUUGGUAAUUGUGAUAAUGUGUAGCGCAGGCGGUGGCUACUAUAUGGUCGUGACAUUUGCCUUGUCUGGCAGCAUCGUUUUUGGUCUCCUACUGGUGAAAGCGAUCAGCUACUAUUGUGAAUCAGGAUCGUUUGGUACUCUUCUGAAGACAAUGUUGACCGGAGGGGCGACGUACUUCUUAUGCAUCAUCUCUAUGGCAUUUACGAAUUUAGUGAUGUUGCUUUUCAAACAGGGUAUAGUCUACAAGGUGUCCUUUGCGGUGUUCUAA